GUGCGGAGCUUGAGGCGAGUCGGAUCGGGCUUGGUUUCCCGUUAGGGCCUUUAAAAAAUCCCACACACAACUCCUCCUCUUAGGACACAGCGCAUGCACAUGGUGUUGUUACUGAUCCCCGCAUUUCGCAUGAUCCCGCUCCUUCUGUGAGUUCCCAAGGUUUUAAUUUAUUUAGUUCUGCUGGGACGGGUUCUGUAUAUAUUUUGGAAGUUUUUUUGAAAGCAGUCCUGAGGAAAAGGGGGAAAGGGGUAAGAACAUGGCGGCGGCGCCGAGGAAUCCACGUAGCAAUGUUAAAAAGGGUCGGAUUUUGGGGAUUAUCGACGCCAUCCAAGAUGCGGUUGGGCCGCCGAAGCAGGCGGCCGACAAGCGGAUGGUUGAGAAGACCUGGAAGCUGAUGGACAAAGUGGUGAGGCUGUGCCAGAACUCCAAGCUGCAGCUGAAAAACAGCCCCCCGUAUAUUCUGGACAUUCUGCCGGACACCUACCAGCAUCUCCGUCUCAUCCUAUCCAAGUAUGAGGAUCGCAUGCAUGUCCUGAGCGAGAACGAGUACUUCAAGAUCUAUAUCGACAGCCUGAUGAAGAAAUCCAAACGGGCAAUCAGACUCUUCAAGGAAGGAAAAGAGAGGAUGUAUGAGGAGCAAUCUCAAGAUAGGAGAAAUCUUACAAAGCUGUCACUCAUCUUUAGCCACAUGCUUGCGGAAAUUAAAGCCAUAUUCCCUUUUGGCCAUUUUCAAGGCGACAUCUUUCGCAUCACAAAAGCAGAUGCUGCCGAAUUUUGGAAACGUGCUUUUGAUGACAAGACCAUUGUACCCUGGAAAGUCUUUAGACAGUGCCUUCAUGAAGUUCAUUCUAUCAGCUCUGGUUUGGAAGCCAUGGCUCUGAAGUCUACAAUUGAUUUAACCUGUAAUGAUUACAUUUCAAUCUUUGAAUUUGAUAUCUUUACUAGGCUAUUUCAGCCUUGGGCCUCUAUUUUAAGGAACUGGAAUUUCUUGGCUGUGACGCAUCCUGGCUACAUGGCUUUUCUUACUUAUGAUGAGGUGAAAGCUCGGCUCCAAAAAUAUAUCAAUAAACCUGGCAGCUACAUCUUUAGACUCAGUUGUACUCGACUUGGCCAAUGGGCUAUUGGCUAUGUAACAAAUGAUGGAAAUAUCCUGCAGACCAUUCCACACAACAAACCCCUUUUUCAAGCGCUAAUAGAUGGAUGCCGAGAAGGAUUUUAUUUAUACCCAGAUGGGCGAAGUUACAAUCCAGAUCUGACUGGAUUAUGUGAACCAACACCUCAUGAUCACAUAAAGGUUACACAGGAACAAUAUGAGCUGUACUGUGAGAUGGGUUCUACAUUCCAGUUGUGUAAAAUCUGUGCUGAGAACGACAAGGAUGUGAAGAUUGAACCAUGUGGUCACUUAAUGUGCACUUCUUGUCUGACAGCAUGGCAGGAAUCUGAUGGUCAGGGAUGCCCAUUUUGCCGUUGUGAAAUCAAAGGUACAGAACCAAUUAUUGUUGAUCCCUUUGAUCCAAGAGAUGAUGGAGCCAAAUGUUGCCUAGACAGUUUUAAUAUGCCAAUAUUGGACCUGGAUGAUGAUGAUGAUCGUGAUGACUCGCUGAUUAUGAACAGGCUAGAAUCAUUUGGAAAGUGUACGGAAAGACAAAUAUCUCCUGUGUCCUCACCAAACUCGUCACCUAUUGCACAACGCCGAAAAGCUGCUCCAGAUCCGCUUCAAAUUCAACAUCUCAAUCUUCCGCCAGUGCCACCUCGGUUAGAUCUCAUUCAGAAAGGAGUGGUUCGGUCACCUUGUGCUAGUCCCACUGGUUCACCAAAGUCUUCUCCAUGCAUGGUUCGAAAACAGGAUAAGCCUCUUCCAGCACCACCACCACCCCUCAGAGAACCCCCUCUUCCUCCUGAGAGACCACCUCCCAUCCCACCAGAAAGCAGAGGUGCACGUUCGCUACAUCAUUCUGAUGUUGCUUCUAUAAGGGACCAGCACACAAUACAUGAAGCAUGGUGUCCCAGGGAUGCACAUAGUUCUACCACGUCAGCAGAUUGCAGGUCUGGAUGUGAUCGAUCUCCUAAAUCUGGUCACACACCACCUAUUAAUUUGAAUACCAGACCGAGCUGGCAAUUUACAGAUCCAAGUUUUCCACGCAAACCUGGCAGGCGCCAAGAUACAGCGUACGAUAGUACAAAGGCAAUCACCAAUGGACUUUUGCGUACUGAUGAAUAUGAUGUUCCACCUCCACGACAGUCUCCGCCGCCACCAACACUUGCAGCAUUUCCCAACAGCACAAAAUAUCCCCAUCCAUUCACAAGUUUACAGACAAACUCUGAAAAAUCAAGAGUGUUUAAUGAGGACAAUGAAGAUGAAUACAAGAGUCCUUCAUCAUAUCCUCUGUCCGUAUCUACACAAUCCCCUCACUUACAAACUGUGAAACCUCGGAUAUCAAGAGUGUUUGAAAAUGGACAAUGUGCCAAUGGAACUCACAACAGCACGUCCGAAGCAAAGAAACCGAAAGCAUUGGAAAUCGAUGAUAUCUUUGAGGGUCCGAUUGUUCCAGCUCCCUUACCACCUGCUCGAGUUCCAGCAAGAGACAGCCAAAAACCAAGUUGCUCCUCUUUGAACAGAACGCCUUCCGAUUAUGAUCUUCUGGUUCCUCCACCAGCAACUGAUAAUGCAUUUGACAGCCCACCUCCUUCACUGCCUCCUCCCCCUCCUCCUGUUCGUGUUAACCUGCCAGAUCUGCCCAGGUCAUCUGGCUCAGGCAGCAGACCCACAUCUGGUCACGACUCCUUCCAUUUCAGUGCAGUGGAUGCUCCCUUUGACAUCCCGAGUGUUCCUGUACCUGUGCCACCUGCUAGAAGGACAGUUGAAGAAAAUCAGAAAUCUAACAGGACGUCACAAGACUACGACCAGCUCCCAUCAUUGACAGAUACUUCACAAGCUCCAGCCAGACCUCCAAAGCCACUGCCUCGUAGGACUGCACCAGACGGUUACCACAAGAAAAAUCAUGUUCAAGAACCAACCUCUUUGCAGAGCAGCCAAGCAGGAGAAAAUGUGGAUGCGAAAAUUGCAAAACUCAUGGGCGAAGGCUACUCCUUUGAGGAUGUAAAACGAGCCCUUUUGAUAGCUAACAAUAAAGUAGAGAUGGCAAGAAAUAUUUUAAGAGAAUUUGCCUGCUAUCCCCCCAUUUCUUCGCGUCUUAAUCCGUAGCAAUGGGCUGUUCGUGUGCGAGUGGAAUACCCAGAGAAUAGGCUUCUGAAUCUCUGAAGAACAUUGAGUUUUAAAGUAACAUUCAACAAGCAGAACAAUUUGAACCAACUGUGUGGAGUCUACUUCUGCGGGUUUCUUGGGAAGGUUUAUAAUAAAAGAUAGAGAAUGACCCCUAUGUAUUUUUGUUAGCCAUAAUGUUAAGAAUCAGGGUUCAACUGAGAAGAAGAAAGUUUACUGUUUCACUCCUGUGAAUUGCUUGAGAUCUCUGCUGCUUACCAUUGUCAAAAGAUUUUUUGAGAAUCAUCUGAACUUUCUUGUUUGAGUGAGAUACAGCCUUGUUGGCCUAAGUACUUGUUAUGUCUGGAAUCUGGGAACCAGUCAUUUCUGCUUCAGUAUUCUGUUUUAUGUCAUCUGCACUGAUGGGGACACACUGCUGGUUUGACCUCUUCCUUCCUCCACCCCAUUGUUCAUAAACACAGACUAAAUGAAGAUGCUUUAAUUUGCUGCAUUACAAUCUAUCCAACAGGUGCAAAAAGCAUGUGGCCUUCACUACUGAGUCUUUUCUGAGAUAAAGUGAAAUUUCUUUAUUAAAAAAAACUAAUUUCUGAAUGUAGAGUACAUAUAUUUGUCUAUAUAUUGCCUUUUUAAGGUAAUUUUUGACAGUAACCUUUGCAAUUUCCCAUUGUGCACAGCCUUUACUGCAUUUAUUAUAUCAAUUUCCCUUCCUGUGAGGUAGCCAAUUCAUCUAUAUUCUGAUAAAACAAAACUGAUUUUGAGGUUCAUGCAACCAAAAAAUGUUGACCUAUUUUUGUGAAUUGUGACAUCAUUAAUGGAAUCAAUUUCAAAGUAAAAAUUUGUCUUUUUAUAUUUUUAAAUCAUUUAUAAUGCUGGAUAUAGAAAAGCAAAAGCAGCAGAGGCAAUGCACAAGAUCUAUUCACACUGAUGAUGGCCAACUGAAUGUAAAACUCUGCCUGCAUUCAAUUGUGUGCCAAUAUAUUGAUGGAACUGUGUAGCAGAGGUAGAGUCUUGGUUUUGCUGUAUUUGUUUGUGCAGAGGGGGAGCAAUACAGUUGUUUUCAUUAUUAGCAUCAGCACCCUCUUGUUUGGGAAAAAUUUGAGUGCAGUCAUUUUUCCAAGUCUGGUAUCACUGUAAAUUGAUAAUGGACAACUAUUCAGAUUAAAGAAAGGAAUACACCUUGCACUGUUAAUAUUGUGUCAGAUAUCAUUGCAGCUUUGAAACGAUCUUGUUAAUUCAAAAGGUGUUUAUUCCUUUCCUUGCAUCCAAUAAUGGAUUAAAAAAAAGAACUUGUUUCUGUUGAUGCCUUUCUCUAGGUUACCAUGGUGAAGGAAAUGGUAAAUAAGCUUUACCUUGUACCAUAAUUUCUAGUGGAUCUUAACUCAGCGCACAUCUCUGUCAUUGUAUGUAAAUUGUAACUCUUCUGUAAAUUAAGUUCAAGUCAAUAACAUUGCCGGUAAUUGGUUUACUUCAUUGCUUUGGGACUUUAUAGUUAAGCCCUUGAUUGUAGUUGAAACUUUAUCUCAACUCCUCCGUAAUAGGAGCUGUUACAAUUUUAAGAUGCCUUGAUGUAAACUUGCUCAGAGAUCAACUAAAAAUAUUAAUACUUUCUGCCAAGAUAUUGAGGUUAUUAAAUAAGUACAUUUUGUCUAAAUUGUAGCAACCCUAUAACUGAGGUACCUUAAUCUCAUUUCUUCUUUAAUGGUUAUCUCAGCUGCAGACUCAAAUGAGCUUUUGUGGUUUAAUAAUGCCCCCUACUGGAAUGCUAACAAAACAUUAUCGAUAAUAAUCUUUUAAAAAAAGAACUAACCACGAGGGAGUAAUGCAAUGUAUUUGCAUUUUUAAUGUGUUUAUUGAUGCAUUAAUGCAUUUGACUCUCCAUAACUUCCUCUGGGUUCAAUGCAGUGGAAGCAGUUUUGGCUUUGCGGAAUUGUGCAAAAUGGACAAAUCACUUUAGUGUCCCAUUACACAUCUCUAUCAUGAAUUUCAUUUCUACUUGAUAUUAAUGUUUUAUAGUAUCAUCCAAGGUCAUAAUGAUCCCAGUGACUGAUGCCAUACCAUGGCCUAUCAAAGUAGUGCCUGUCACUGGGGGAUGGAAUGCACAUAAUAAUGAUUUCUGCCAAUGUAGUGGAGAAUUGCUGCUUUUCAUUGAAAGUCACUUAAAUAUUUCAAAUAUUUGCACCAGCAAUCAAUAUCAGCACUAUGUUUAAGUUGUAUUUAAAACAUUUUUCUGAGACAGAGGUAAAUAAUUUGUAAUGGUCGUGGAUGGCAUCAAAACACUGCAAUGGAUACCUACUUAGCUGAGGAUUGACCUUUAUGGUUACUUGAACUUUACCAUUUGAAUCUAAAGAAACACCAUCAGCAAUUCAUAGGAGAAUAAUUUUGAAAUCAAGUUCAGGAGUGGCACUUAUCUUGCCAAAUGAUUUACCGUGCUUAAAUAAAUGUGAAUGACAUUCUUUUGCCAGGCACAUCCAUUGGAUAUUUCUGAUAUUCAGGUUUUUGUUCAUUCUCAACUUGGAGGCUUUUCCCUUUGCACCGGUCAGUUAGUUGGCUUCCUUAUGCCUUUUGAGUGUAAAUGUUGGAAGCUAAAUAGCUUAAUAUGCUUUAAAGGCAAAAUAUAGAGGUUUCAUUUUCAAGGCACACGUAACUAGAGCUGUACGUUCAUAGGCUGGAUUUGCUGCAAAAGUCUGUAAUACUUUUGGAUGUCUAAUCAAUGGAUAUUUUUUUCCAUUGGGUCCUAACAUGAAACUUCAUGUAUCCCCUAAAAUAGAAGCAUUCUAUGAAAAAUGUACAGCCCUAGUUAUAGCAGGUUGUAGGUACUAGCUGUCCUGCAGAGGAAAGUAUGUUGUUUGUAUCAUGAGCCUAGAGAAAGUUGACAAUCACACCUCACUCCUUUGUAUGUAACCAUUUAUAGUAGGUUCAUUUAUGUCGAACAUGCUCAAAGUGUAAACUCAUUUUUUAAAUGGUGAACAAAAUUUUUGUGGAACAUAUUCUGGUGUGGUUAUGUCAUUAUUGCUCUGUGCUUAUGAGCUGAACAGCAGCUCUUCAUCUCCCUGAAGUAAAUCAGUGUGCUACCAAGUAUUACCUUCAGGUGGAAGCUUCUUCAUUCUGUUGGUAGAGUUCAUUGAAAUCGGGUACUGCCUUUUCUCUGAACUCAGACUUCUGUUUUUAAAAAGUGGCAGUAGUUCCUUAGACUUCAUUUUAACUCAAUGUUCUGUUGAAAAGAAUGCCUUUCUAUUUGUCUAACGUGGCAAACUAGUAAUGUGUGCAAUUAAUUUAUAUUUUAUUCAACAUCCUUUUUAUCUUCAAUUUUAAGUAUUCAGCAAUCUUUUAAAUACUUUAUCUGUUCUUGUAAAAUAUUUUAUAAAAUCAGUAUUA